AUGACGCUGUACGUCUCUUUGUUGGCUCGGCAGCAGCGUCCGAUCUGUUGUUAUUUUCUCUGCAGUUAAAAACAAAACAAAAACCAACAGAACUGCUAAGAGGUUAAAGCGGUUCACCUUCUCAGGUUUUUCUUUUCUUUCUUUUAUUUUUUUAAACCGCCGCUUAUAAUCAGAUACACGAAUAUACCCUGGCUUGUCACGACCGAGCGGAGAUCUAGUAAUGGACUCGGACGAGGGUUAUAAUUAUGAAUACGACGAUGAGGAAGAGGAGUGCAGCGAGGACAGCGCUGAAGAAGAAGCCGAGGACGACACCCUGGAGCUCGGGGAUGUGGAGCUGGUCGAUCCUGUGGUAGCCGGUGGCGACCGAGACGACUGCGGAGAGAACGGCGGCGGCCUCGGCCCGGGACAAGACGAGGAGGACUACCGUUUUGAAGUUCUCACCGCCGAGCAGAUCCUCCAGCAUAUGAUCGAGUGCAUCAGGGAGGUCAACGAGGUCAUCCAGAAUCCUGCAACAAUCACAAGAAUACUGCUUAGUCAUUUCAACUGGGACAAGGAAAAGCUUAUGGAAAGGUACUUUGAUGGUAACUUGGAUAAGCUGUUUUCCGAGUGUCAUGUCAUAAACCCUAGUAAAAAAUCCAGGACACGCCUCAUGAAUACACGCUCAUCAGCUCAGGAUAUGCCAUGUCAGAUCUGCUAUCUCAACUAUCCUAAUUCGUACUUCACUGGUUUGGAAUGUGGCCACAAGUUCUGCAUGCAGUGCUGGGGUGACUAUUUAACCACCAAAAUCAUAGAAGAAGGAAUGGGCCAGACCAUUUCCUGUCCUGCACAUAGUUGUGAUAUCCUGGUUGAUGACAACACUGUUAUGCGAUUGAUAACAGAUUCAAAAGUGAAGCUGAAGUACCAACAUUUAAUAACCAAUAGUUUUGUAGAGUGCAAUCGACUGUUAAAAUGGUGUCCAGCUCCUGACUGCCAUCAUGUAGUUAAAGUCCAGUACCCUGAUGCCAAACCUGUUCGCUGCAAGUGUGGCCGGCAAUUCUGCUUCAACUGUGGAGAGAACUGGCAUGACCCAGUAAAGUGUAAGUGGUUGAGAAAAUGGAUCAAAAAGUGUGACGACGACAGUGAAACAUCCAAUUGGAUUGCAGCAAAUACUAAGGAGUGUCCUAAAUGCCAUGUGACCAUAGAGAAGGAUGGCGGCUGUAACCACAUGGUGUGUCGGAACCAGAAUUGCAAAGCAGAGUUCUGCUGGGUCUGCUUAGGCCCAUGGGAACCCCAUGGAUCAGCCUGGUACAAUUGCAAUCGCUACAAUGAAGAUGAUGCCAAGGCAGCUAGGGAUGCACAGGAGCGCUCCAGAGCAGCCUUGCAGAGGUACCUAUUUUACUGCAACCGCUACAUGAACCACAUGCAGAGUCUGCGCUUCGAGCACAAGCUGUACGCGCAGGUCAAGCAGAAAAUGGAGGAGAUGCAGCAGCAUAACAUGUCAUGGAUUGAGGUGCAGUUCCUGAAGAAGGCUGUGGACGUGCUGUGCCAGUGCCGCUCCACACUCAUGUUCACCUACGUCUUUGCCUUCUACCUCAAGAAGAACAACCAGUCCAUUAUUUUUGAGAACAACCAGGCUGAUCUAGAGAAUGCCACCGAGGUGUUGUCUGGAUACCUAGAGCGAGACAUUUCCCAAGAUUCACUGCAGGACAUUAAGCAGAAAGUACAAGACAAAUACAGAUACUGUGAGAGCCGACGGAGAGUUCUGCUGCAGCAUGUGCACGAAGGCUAUGAAAAAGACCUAUGGGAGUACAUCGAGGAUUGAGACAGCAUCUUCUUACUACAGACUCUUGGAGAGCGUCUCCACCAAGUAGAGCGCUGAUGCAACUGAACCAGGGCAGCACAAGCCUCAACCUGCUGCCCUAUUCCCUUCCACCGUCCCACCCACCUUGUUCUCCCCUGUGGCUUUUCAGUUUUCAUACUGAAAGUAAAUUGUAUUUAAAUGGCAAAGGAAUUAUUCUAAAUAAAAUAAUUGUGUACAUCAGUAUUGUUAA